AUGUUACAUAACCAAAGGGUGAGUGUUCCGAUGGGGACAAAGUCGGUUUCUUCCGGUUGUAAGCAAGCUUCGGCCUUGAAGGGGCCUUACAUCUGCCAGCGCAAGCACCCGAAAGCGUACAACGCCAGGCCGCGGGCGGCCACCAUCACGGUGGUGUCCAACGAGGCCAAGGUCUUGGUCCCUUGGCAGCAUGUGCUGGACCGGGUGGCUUUCAAUUUGCUCCUGGGGCCUCUAGAGGACCUUGGGGACGAGAGCUUGCUCCGCGGAGACGGGCCCUUCCUUUUGAUGGACAUCAUCAAAGCGCAGGAGGAGGGUCACAAACGAUCCUCGAUGCUUGGCAAAGGCAAGCUGCUUGGCUUCUGUGACUGCCGGUUCAAUCCGAACGCCGAUCAAGAGGAGUUUGUGGCGCUCCUGGGACGGAAAAGAGGCGGAAACAAGACAGGAUCCAACGCAAGGGACACGAAGGAAACCUAUGCCAUGAAGUGCAUCUCGAAAGGCAUGCAGCAGAGCAUCUUGAAUGAGAAGAGCAUUCUCAUGAUGACGAAUUCUUUCUUCAUCAUCAAGCUGUUCGUGCCUAGGACAGCACGUUCUGUCCCGGCUGACAUCACCAAGGAAUGCUUCAAUGGUAGCCAGACCCUGUACUUCCUGCUUGAAGCAGCUCUGGGGGGUGAGCUUUAUGCCACCUACAACCGGAAAGGUCUGCAUGGGAGCGAGAAGCAUGCCAAGUUCUACGUGGCAGGCACAGUCUGCGCGCUAGCUCACAUGCACGACCGGCGCAUCAUCUAUCGGGACCUGAAGCCAGAGAAUCUGCUGCUCAAUGAGGCGGGGCAGCUGAAGCUCACGGACAUGGGACUUGCGAAGUUCGUGGUUGGGAAGACGUUCACGACCUGUGGGACUCCGGACUACUUUGCUCCAGAGCUUAUUUCCUCGACUGGGCACACGAUUGCGGUGGAUUGGUGGACGCUUGGAAUCCUGCUUUUCGAGUUCAUGGCUGGUCAUCCUCCUUUCGAAUCGCCGACACCUGUGGAGACGUACUCAAAAGUCAUGAAAGGGAUCAGCAAGGUGAAGAUGCCACCCAAGUGUCAAGGGGCCAUCGGCGACCUGAUCAAAGGUCUGCUGAAAAAGGAGCCGAGCGAACGCCUACCGAUGCGGCCAGGUGCAAUCCAGAAUGUCAAGGAUCACAAAUGGUAUGCUGGCUUCAAUUGGGAAGGCAUGGAAAGCCAGAAGCUAGAUGCACCAUACAAGCCGAUCGUCAAAAGCCGCUCGCCCGCAAUUUUGCGUGCGACUGCCGUGAGUUUUUUUUCCGGAGGUGAGCAUGAUUUCCGGUGGAGUUAG